AUGAACGCCCUCAGCCCACAAAUCACCAACUUGGUGAUCAUCCUCGGGAUGAUGCAGGUUUCGAAGCGCAUCCCAUUUGACGAUCCUCAAGUCCUGACAGGAGUGCGCAUCCUCUACGUGACGUCCAACCUCAUCAUCUUCGGCCUGUACUACUACAUUGGGUUGAAAAUCAAGGCCAAGAAGGACAUGACCACACUGAAAUACGUCGAGCCUGCUCCCAUGGGGUCGGGCGAAGAACCGAAACUGGUGACCACCACCAUCCAAGAGUAUGACCAGGGCCAGCUGUCGGCCGCCUACAAGGCUCAACUCAUGGGCAUUGCCAUGAUGGCAUUCAUGCACCUGUACCUCAAGUACACCAACCCUCUCCUCAUCCAGUCGAUCAUUCCGGUCAAAGGUGCCCUCGAGGGCAACCUGGUCAAGGUCCACCUCUUCGGCAAGCCUGCAGUGGGUGAGCUCAAGCGACCAUGGAAGGCAUCAGGCGGCAUGAUGGGCAUGGGUCAAGGCGAGACUAAGAGCGAUAAAGCCAGCAUCGAGGCUGCUGAACGUGCCGGUCGUGGUGGGGCGAAGGAGGAAUAG